AUGGUUACAAUAUUCGGGUUGUACCAUCGAACUGGAACAGCAAGAAAACGGUCGUAUUCAGGAGAAGAAGAAGAAACAAGCAGCACCUCUCGGAUCAAGAUAGCUAAGCGGAAACCAACGGACCAGGAAUUAGCCCUCAAUCUGUUUAUUAAACAACUGUCUCUCGAAUGGCUGGAUCGUCGUCUUACCAUCGUCCAGCAACCUCGACAUCGUUUAGCACAAUUAGAGGCUGCUUGUAGACGUCAAUUUCCUGCAUUCAACGAGCGACAGAUACGCCUUAAAAUUCGCGGUCAAUUGAAGCUGUACCGACGUAACCUGAAAAAAGCGGAGGAGAGAAAAUUGAGCAAGUCAGGUCCGUUGAAUCAGCACUCGCCUGCAACAGACUGGUCCCCGCUGAGUCCCAUCGACCAAAAUCCAAGUUAUCUUGCAUGCAACCCCAAUGCCGUUUGGAUAGCACGCCGAGCUUUGGCCAAUGAACGUAAGCGCGGGAAGCCGCUUGGCAACCCAUCAUCCGAAGUAAUGCCUCUAAAGGCAAUCAACGAUUGGCAGAAUGUUGGAGCCAUGGAAGCACCUAUAGUAAUCAGCAAACCCCUACCUGCAAUUAGACCGAAUUCUUGUGCCGAUGGCCGAACGGCUGUCAAAAGAAAGGCUCCCCCAUGUGGUUCGUUGUCGGUUCCCCCGAAAAGGGUUCAGUCUAACCCCUCUGCAUCCACAAGCCUUCCUUCGCCACUCGAGAAUUGCUUAUUGCCUAGCACGCAACUUCAAAGCAACAACUCUGCAACCAUCGCAUACCCUUUAAACAACCUUCCAAAGUCAAACGAGGUACAAAGGGCGCUUGAGGCAACCAUUUCGACUGCGGAGAACUCGUUGCUUAAUUCAUCUGGACUGGACGACACCACGAAUCAGACACCUCAGGUGCGACUCUUGAACCAAACCUGGCCACCGCCACUUCCCAAUCCCCCAGUGGACCCUUCGGCCAGCAUAAUUGCAAGUUGUCUCCGUCUGGCGGCAAAUUUCCUUCUACAAAGCGCUACCUUUUUUGAGUCGAAAAAUGCGCCAUUGCCUGAAAUGAACCCUCCUCUCCCAGCAUCACUAUUUCCACCAUCAAAUCUGCCGCUAAUCAUCAACCCCCUCUUUGGAGGUAACUUACCUGCUAUGCCACCCCUCGGCACGACCAGCGUUUCGCUUUCUGACAUCUCUCAAGCUUACCCAGUAUCUUUCCUCUCUCCGAAUCCGCCUUCUACAACCGCUCCUUCUGGGAACAUUCCCGUCACGUCUAGUACAAUCUAG